GAACCAGAGGAAGAGAACAUGUGAACUCCAAUUCCAAUUACAAUGAUACAUCCCAUGUUGUUGCUUCUGUUCUGUCACCCACAUUGACCCCAAAAGAGAAAAAUAAUAGACAACUAGACAAGCAAGCAAAAAGAGAACACACAGAGCACAAAGCCUGAGUGCCCCAAUCCUGACAUCCUACAACAGUCUCCUUUCUUUUCCUUCUUCCCCACAAUACACAUUUCUCAAAACCCCUCUUUCUACUUUCCUCUCUGCCUGCCUCUCUCUUCCUUGUUCAUUAAUCACUUCCCACAGCCAUAUAUGCAUAUUUAUUGAGCUAAUUAUGAACCACUCUGAAACCUGGAAACCCCCAACAACACUGAGAUUAUGAUGAUGAUGAUUCCAACAAUGAUGAAGAUGAACCACAACCACCAUCACACAACUGUUUCCUCAACCUCCAUGCCUUCUCAUCUUCUCUUCUCCUUCUUCUUCUUACUGUUUCCCCUGCUGUUACUCACUCAGCCUUGCCAUUCCUCCACCACCAUUCUCGUCGAUGGUGUCUCUCCAUGGAACAACCCUUCCGUGUACAUUGGAGACUCUGUCAUCUUCAAGCACAAGUACGGCUACAACCUCUACAUCUUCCAGAGCUUCAGCGCUUUCACGCUCUGCAACUUCAGCCAGGCCACUCUGCUCACGAACCCCAACUCCCCUUCCCAUUCCUACUCGUGGCACACUUCCCGCCCUGGGUUCUUCUACUUUGCCUUCUCCAACGGGUCCUCCUCCUCGUCGUGCGACGAGCAAUACUCCCAGAAGCUCGCCAUCAAGGUCUCGCCCCAGUCUCCGGCGCCUGAAUUUCCUCCCACCGCGGCGGCUCCGGCGUCUCCGAUUUCAGGGGGAGUAGUGUCGUCUUCUCCUGCGUACCCGUGGCCCUUUCAGCCGCGGGAGAAGAGUGCUGCUGCUUGGGCGCCGGCGCCGGAGCCAAGUGCCUCCCCAGGCGGCGUUUAUGGAGGUGCUAGCGCUCCGAUGAGGGUUCCGAAGAUGUUGCCGGACAAAGGAGAUGGAAUGCCGUUCAUAAAUAGCAAUCCGGCGGUCCCUCUGCCGACAGGGGAAGUGGAUUCCACCACUAUCCGUCCUUUGCCCACUUCGGCUAGUGCUGGCCACCAACAGAUGAUGAGGUGGAGGAAGAGUUCAAUUGGUGCAGAAAUUGUUGGUCUUUGGGGUGUGUUCUUGCUGCUGUGAAAAGAUAUAACUAAGGGGCCAAAGCACUGUUGCUUUCCCAUCUUUUAACUAUUAUGUAAUGUGAUAUGCCUAUUCUAGUGGUAGACAGAUGGAUGAUUUGUAUGGAAAAGAUUAGUAGGAAAAGUGGUGUUUGUAUAUUUGAGAAUGGCUAAAAAAGAGGGUCCAAAGUGGCUUUGCAGAGGGAUGAGUGAGUGUGAUUAUAAUGAUGAUUUUGGUGAUAAGUGGGCUUUAGGAAUCAUUUGGUACUUUUGGCCCCUCCCUUUGGUUUCCUUUUCAGAUUUCACCUUGAUUCAUAGUUUAUUUCCUUUUUGGCCCCAUCUUCUUUAAUUGUGGUUAUAGUACACACAAGACACGAGAGAAAAAAAUAAAGCGAUUGUAAUGCG